AUAUUAUUUUCGAAUAUGUUAAAACUCUGUUAACUGUUUGUUUUAACUAUUCUUUUUUCAUGAGUGAUAAUGAAAUGGUAACCCCGCCUGCGCUAACGGUAUACGCUGGCGGAGCACCAGUGAAGGAUGAUAUGUAGGUGAGGAUGAAGCAGGUGGAGAUCCUACUACAUAAGCCCUAAUUCCCAAGAUCAACUCCGAGCAAUAGGCGCAAUACUACAAGACUUCGAAGCAGAUGUCCUAAGCCGUCCAAUCUUAAAGCGGGAAGGCCUUGUACUCAUCAAACCUGAACAGCAGGAUGGUUUCACGAAGAUGUUAGAAGAAAAAGGAAUCGAGUACAGGAUCCAUUCGGCCGAUGUGAAAACAGCUCUUGAUAAGGACGAUAUACUUAUCCAAGCAAAAAAGAAAGAAAAUCUGGCAAGAGGCAAGAAAGAAUUACCCUAUGAUAAUUAUCAAGAGUUAGAAAUUAUUAACACAUAUCUCGUUGACAUUGCUAAUCGUUAUCCGGAUAAAGUCACUCUAGUAUCCCCCGCCAAUUCCUUUGAGGGACACCCUAUUCAAUACUUGAAGAUAUCUACCACCAACUUCAACGAUACCAGUAAACCAGUUAUAUUUAUCGACGGUGGUAUCCACGCCAGAGAAUGGAUUGCACCACCCACCGUCACUUGGGCUAUUCACAAGCUUGUAGAAAACGUAACAGAACCAGAACUCUUGGAUGAUUUUGAUUGGAUCCUUUUACCGGUCGUUAAUCCUGAUGGAUAUAAAUACACAUUUACUAACGCCCGUUUCUGGCGAAAGACACGUUCAAUUAACCAAGAUCCUUCAAGCAUUACCUGCCCUGGAGUAGACGGCAACCGCAACUACGACUUCCUUUGGAACACAGUUGGAACUGACAAUAGUCCUUGUGCCGAUACAUAUGCUGGUAGUGAACCAUUCUCAGAAGUAGAGACAAGAGUUGUCAGAGAUAUUCUUCAUGAACAUCUUAACAGAAUAACUUUGUACAUCACCAUGCAUAGUUAUGGAAGUAUGAUCCUUUACCCAUGGGGAAACAAUGGCACCUUGUCCAAUAACUCCGUAGACCUCCAUAGAGUUGGCUCAGCAAUGGCUGAUGCAAUUCAUGCUAAAUCUCUAUCUGAAUUCCCGGAAUACGUUGUUGGUAAUUCUUUCCUUGUUAUCGGAUAUGCAACGGCUGGGGCUUCUGAAGACUAUGCGCAUUCUAUCGGCGUCCCUUUAACCUACACCAUUGAGUUACCUGGUCUCGGUAUGAGUUUUGAAGGGUUUAAUUUAGAUCCAAGUUACAUAGAACAGGUAUGUUCUGAAACUUGGGAAGGGUUUGUUGCAGGUGCAAAAUUAGCUGGUGAAUUAUACGUAAAAUAAAUGUAAAACGGAAUCAAAAUGUAUUUGUUUUACUUUAUCUAUAUCUCAAUGUCAUUAUCAAUUCAGACGCGACAACUUGAACACUGCUGCUGAAGUUAGGCUUCUCGAAUAGAAUGUUAUAAGUAAUGCUUCUGAGUCGCCUGUAUAUUUGAGACCAGCACUUUAUCAAGUGAAAGGUUGUUGCAGACUGCAUCUGUAUAUAGAGCAAAUGUGUAUGUGUACCCAAGAACUUUACUUCCAUAUCACAUAUCAUUGAGCUAUAUUAUCAACAUUUUGCCAUUUCAGUUUACUUAUUCUAAUUUCUACAUUGAUUUUAGACCUUGAAUUUACUGUGAAAUAUUCUUUGGCAAAAGUGAAGGCAUGAGAAAAUUAUGUCUAAAAUAGUAAAAAAAAAGUUAGUAACUGAUGUAGGAAUCGAGUUAACUGUCCUGUCUCCGAGGGUCCAUGAAAAAAUAUGUCUGGACACGAAUUAAUGGUUCCACGAACACGGACACGGAAUACUAAUGCAAGGGUUCCUUGAGAAUGUGGUCAUGUUUAAUACUUCAUUUAUUUUUUUCUGUCUCUGAUCUAUAUGUAUAGUUACGAGUACAUACGUUCUCAUUUGCUAGGCAUACUAUUAUCCUGAAAUCCCUAAUCCCUGAUGGGGUUACAGGAAUUCAUAAUAAUAUGAAUUCCUCUAACAGGACCAUUUCACUGAAUUACAAACUUGUUUAGAAUACAAAUGAGUUUUGAAU